AUGGCUGAAAAAAGAUCAAAUGAAACUUUAACGGAAGAUACAGUUACUCCAAUUCCCAAAAAGAUUAAAAAUGAUGUGAUAACAAACAUACUAGUUUCGGAAACAUGUGAAUCAAUAGAACCAACAUCAUUGCCUUCGACAUUGCCAAAAAACGAUGCAGCAUUUGAUUUAGAGCUGUGCCGUCUCGAUCACUAUGAAAUAAUUUGGUUUAACUCUGAUGUUGACAAUCCAAUAAAACUCAAUAGAUUGCGUAAAAUCAGUGACUAUGUCAAAUUUUUUGAUAAUAUUGAAAAUUGCCGAGAUUACAUUGAGAUAGUUGCAACUGCAUCGGACAAAAGUGCACUUUUCUUAGUUUCAUCGGGUCCUUUAGCGAAGAAACUUGUAUUGGCGGUACACCAUCUCAAUGCAAUUUCUUCCAUCCACUGUUUAAUUAAUGCUUAUUCAGAAGAAGAAUGGAUGACAAACGAUCCAAAGAUAAAAAUCCACGUUGCUCUUCAGCCACUGUUAAAAUCACUAUUACAAAACGUUGACCAUUACUCGAAAGAUCAUGAAAACCAAAAUAUUUUUGAUCUGACUCGUAAUACUACCGAGCAAGAAAAUACUACAGAUAAUAUUGAAUCUUGGUGGCCAAAACUCGUUUAUAUUAUUGUUCAUUUACCAUAUCCACAAGAUUGCUUCCAACGAUUUCUCGCAAUAAUGAGAAAAUAUUACUCGACAAAUCCAUCAGAACUACGACACAUAGAUCAAUUGGAGCUAAAUUAUUUAUCUACAACAAAUAGGAAUCCAAUUCAAGAGUAUACAAAAGAUACAUUUCUCUAUCGUAUGGUAAAUCGUGUUCUGCGACAAAAAAAUAUUCAAUUCAUGUUUCUAUUUGCCUUCUUUCUUCGAGAUUUGUUUCAACAACUAAAACGCGAACACGAAAACUUUCUUCGAAAACAAUUGAAAAAUUCGAAAGUUACCGUAUAUCGUGGACAAAUAAUGGCAAAGACGGAAAUUGAAAAGUUAAAAGGCUCGACUGGUAACAUGGUGACUAGUAGUUUUAUGUCUACGACUUUUGAUCCAGCUAUGUCAGAAAUCUAUCUUGGUACAUCAAUGCCAGACGAUGAAUUACAAAGUAUUCUGUUCGAAAUUGAAUUGAAUCUAGCUGAAAAAUCGUUUCCCUACGCCGAUAUCUCGACAAUAAGCUGGUUCCCAAGUGAAUCCGAAACUCUAUUGAUGCCGGGUCUAGAAUUCAAAAUGACGGAAAAUAGUAUUUAUUAUGAUCUCGAGAGAAAAAUUUGGCUUGCUAAGUUAGAACUCGUCUCAGACACGAUCGAAAAAGUAGAGGAUCGAAUGCUUGAAGGAUUUGGCGAGAGGAGAAAAAUGAGAUAUUACAUUGAUUUAUUAAUGGAAACACUAACAGAGUUUUGCAGUGCGACAGCUGCUCUUAUAGAGACUGUAUUCAAUCAAUUAAUGCAAUUAUUUCCACGAGAAAAGUGGAUUUUAGCAGUAAAAAUGUCUUGUUUAGCACAGUAUAAUAUCGAUCGGGAUUUCAAUUAUACUCUCGCGUUACCAAACUGGGAUGAAGCAUUAAAAUAUUGGCUUGAAUAUCAAGAUGAUGAAGAAUUAAAUGCUGACAUUGCUAUUGGCCGAAUUUACUAUGAUAUUGGUACUAUCUAUUAUUUUCAUAUAAAACACACGGGCAAGGCUAGAGAAAACUUUGAUCUGUCAAUCAAACACUAUCAAAUUGCAAUCAAGAAAGGCCUAACAAGUUCUGAACAGAUCAAUAUCUAUGAAUAUCUACAUGAAAUGUAUGGGAAAAAGUUACUUAUAUCUGCGAUAGAGACAGAUACCCAUACCGAUGACGACGAGAUGAAAGAAAUUCAAUCCAUGAUUAUAAAAUAUUUAGAAUUACAACUUGAAAGUAUGCUAAAAUGUUAUGACAUCAAUAACAAACGUAUUAGUAUAGCCGUCGAACAAUUAACUGGUUAUUACGAUCAAUUUGACAUGUACGAUGAAGAAUUAUGUCUUUCGAAAAAAUUAUUGGAACUCUAUCGAAAAGAUAGUUCAGAAAAAAACUCGGAGAAAAUUGUUGCCUUACUUAAGAAAAUAAUUGCAAUUUAUUUUGUACACAAGGAUGAUCAAGAAGCUGCCAUGAUGUACCAGUCGCAACUCGAAGAACGAAUAACAGGAAAUGAUACACAGGCAGCCGAUGAUUUUAUUAUUGAUUACAGGCAAAAUGAAGGAGAGGAAGUUGAUCCUGACGAUGCUGAACAACCUAUGCGGCGGUGGAGUACUACUGACUAG